AUGGCAGCAGAAACGAUUUUGGAGUCAACGUACAUGGGCGAUAACAUGGACUCUACUUCAGAUGAUCAAACAGGAAUAGAGCUAUAUAAGCAGUUAUCGGAGCUGUGGGGAAGAGCCGGAAUGCACGCGAGAAAAUGGCUAUCGAAUUCACCAAAGGUGCUGGAGGAAAUACCAGUCGAUGACAGGGCCUCUGAGGCAGACUUAGACCAGGGCCAUCUACCAUCGGUAAAGACGCUUGGGAUACUUUGGCUUGCUGAGGAAGGCAUGUUUACGUACACGGCACACCCACCGGGGAAGGAAUUCCAGCUUACAAAGCGUAGUUUUCUCAAGGGUAUCGCAACACUCUUCGAUCCUUUAGGUUUUCUGGCACCAUACAUUGUUCGCGCCAAAAUCAUUCUCCAAGAAAUGCGGACCACUGGGGUAGAAUGGGAUGAGCCAAUGAAAGAGGAAUAA